AGUUGAUACUCACUGCAAGCGUCUCUUGUAAGCUCAUUUAUAGUCUUCUUCACCACUCAUCUUCUUCUUCUUCUUCUUUAGUUCCUUAAAUUCUGGGUUUUGAAUUUGGUUCUUGGACUAAGAUAAUGAGCGCUUCCAAGUUCAUAAAAUGUGUUACUGUUGGAGAUGGAGCUGUCGGGAAGACAUGUAUGCUUAUCUGUUACACUAGCAACAAGUUUCCAACUGAUUAUAUACCGACUGUGUUCGACAACUUCAGUGCCAAUGUAGCUGUGGAUGGACAAAUUGUUAAUUUAGGGCUAUGGGACACUGCAGGUCAAGAAGAUUACAGUAGGUUGAGACCAUUGAGUUACAGAGGAGCUGAUAUCUUUGUCGUAGCCUUUUCGCUAAUUAGCAAGGCGAGUUACGAGAAUGUACUAAAGAAGUGGAUGCCUGAACUUCGUCGGUUUGCCCCAAAUGUUCCUAUAGUUCUUGUUGGUACAAAGCUAGAUCUCCGAGAUGAUAAGGGAUACCUCGCGGAUCAUACCAAUGUCAUUACAUCUACUCAGGGAGAGGAACUGAGGAAGCAAAUUGGUGCAGCUGCUUAUAUCGAGUGCAGUUCCAAGACUCAACAAAAUGUAAAAGCGGUGUUUGACACAGCGAUCAAGGUGGUUCUUCAGCCCCCAAGGAGGAAGGAGGUCACAAGGAGGAAGAGGAAACAUAGAAGAUCCGGUUGCUCCAUUGCGAGUAUUGUCUGUGGAGGUUGCAACGCGGCUUAAGGCACAACACAAGUCUCAACAACAUUGUGACUCUCUUUCUAUGGUUGUUUUUUUUUUAUGGUUCUUAGGUUGAAACUCUCCAACUGUGAAGAUAAGGGAACUGUUGGUUCUCUUAUUUGUAUGUGAAGAAGCUCCUUUCUCUGUUUUUGGUUGUGUAGAUUUGCAGAUUCUGUAACAUUCUUCUCUUGUUAACAAGUUUUGGAUCUUUUAGCAAAUUUGGAAUUCUUAAAUUCUG